AUGACAUGUCGCGCAGGACAAGCGACAGCGAUGCCGCAUGCCCUCGCAGAUGUGGCGUUUCUAUACUAUUCUCCUACCUCGGCGGAGCGCAUCACGAAGUUUUGUAACUUCAUGUUGGCCGACAUCGCCAAUCGAAUGCCCUGUCUUCGGACGCUCAAGCUAUCGGGGAAAGCCCUCUGGGGCGAUGAGGCCAGCGUUCGCUCAAUGGUGGAGCUGCUCGGACAUACGACUCGCCUCACAGAACUCUAUCUUCACGACGCUGCACAACUCCUAGUCAUGCAGCCCUCCAUAGCAGAUGCCAUCGCCGCGUUGACCACGCUCGACAUCGUGCGCAUGACAGCCUCAGCCGUGCAAUGUGAUUUCCUCGCCAGGUUUUCAUCACGGCCUCGCAGGCUCGAGCUUGAACUGCUGCACGGGGCCACUAUGUAUCUCAACGACAUCCGCACCUCUAUUCUGCCGUCGAACCUGGCCGGUUCCGUCGAAGAGAUAUUUCUCAACAAGUGCGUCUGUAUAGCGGAGAACUCAGAUACGAAAGGUAUCAUCUUCCCGCGUAUGCGCAAGCUCGUGGUCUCUGGCACAAUAAACGACCUGUCUGCGCUAGCACGCCUCUUCCCGCAGGUCGAGUCUGUACAUUUCAUGGGAAAUGUAUCCGGCGCGGAUGAACAGUCGGCUGCAUGGACACACUUGGAUCAUGUCAAAGUGGGCACAUACCUCGCCUUCCGCCUCGCGUGUCCAGUUCGGCGGGUGGACCUACUGUACCAGAUGGGCCUGAGCACGUCGCAGUCAGUUAUGGCGGCAUUUGUUGGUGGUAUGGCACCGGCAGUGUUGCUAUGUGCGAUGGAGCAGAGAAGCGUCCACCAUUGGAUGACCGCGAUGGCAACAUACAUGCCAGCGCUGAGAUACUUACACAUGGCAAUUCCGGCGCUGGACGGUCCCCUAAUUAACGAGACUUUCCCGAUAAUCGCUGAACUGCCAUUGGUCGGCAUAUCACUUGGGUAUACAAUCCUCAAACCAUCUUCCGUCGACGGGCAAUGGGCGACAUCCUUGGCAAGCAAGAUCGCCGGCCUCAUCCCGGCACUGCAAUUCGUUGGAGUCCAUCGCGAGAAUUAUUCGUCAACACACAGCGAUGAUCUGGAGAAAGUCACCUGGUACCGAGUGUUGACGCGUCAAGGAGGAUCAGUGCAGGUUCAGCAGCAAUCUGAAUGGGAGGGUAAUGCGACUUUACGACAGUUGCUUAACAUUACAUGGGAAUAACGCUCGGCAAUACGACAUCAGUGUAUACAUACAAGUACCGGUAGAGGAGAGCGAGAAACCUGGGACAAACGAGCGAGGCUCAUUGAUCCAUAGCACGAGUCAGGUCUGUCAUGCAUACAAGUCAUAUGCAACUUUGGUUUGGGCAUAUACAGUAAA